AGUCACAUAUAGCCGAACCAUUCAUCAGUCAAACUAAGAAACAUUUCAUUGUUGGUGAUAAUUUGACCCUGGAAUGUACUGUGGACAGUGAUGUUUAUACAGAUAUUAUUUGGGAAUUUCCCAAAGAUGGAAUUCAAAAAAAAGUUGAUGAGGAUAGGUAUCAAUCAACAUUCAGUAUCUCAAAUCUCAAUACAAGCAAUUCAGGAAAAUAUAGGUGCUCUGUCCAAGAUAAACAAAAUCAUUCUAGCCAUACGGAAAUAACAAUAACUGUACAUGAUGACCAAUUCGUUUUUUUUACCGGACCUGAAAUGUUUGAAGAUAAAAAAAGAAAAGUAGGAUCAACUGUCACUUGGAAUGUAACCUUCGAAGCAUAUCCAAACAGUGAAGCUCAUUGGUUUGAUAACAAUGAUCAAAUAAUUAUCCGAAAUAGUACAAAAUACGAAAUGAUUUCUGAUAAAUCCUUUGGGUACCUCAGUAUCAAAAAUAUAACUUACAAAGAUCGAGGAAACUAUACUCUAGUCAUAAAUAAUACUAAGGUGAAAAAUAAUUUAACAAAAGAACUACAGGUAUACGGUGAACCUGUAAUAGAUCUUGUAGUGGACGAAUUUCAGAUGCCUGAAGAAAAAACUAAAAUCAUAUGUGAAGUUUAUUCUAAUCCAAUAUCUAAAUACUGGAUUGAAUAUAAGCCUUGUUUAGAUAAUAGUUGUGAGUAUAAAAAGCUCUCUUCUCAUGAAACACUUUUGUAUUUUGGAAAAACGACACUAGAGAAGUCUUUCACGAGUUCUUCUAUUGUAAAAUGUACCGCGAUAAAUACAAAUGGUUUGAAAGUAAAGGAAAAGAAGGUAUAUAUAACAGACAAUACAAUAACUCAAUGGUAUUUUUGGCUGGCCAUCAUACUUCUCAUGGUAUUGAUUAUAAUAACAUGUGUGAUAGUUUAUUUGAAGGAUCACAGAAAGAAAAAAUUGGAAAAACUACUCCGAGAAGUUGGUUUGGCUUAUUUCAAAAGUGGACAUUUGGAACAUCUCAAUCCUGAGCUUGGUUUAGAAGAUCAAGUGGACUUACUACCUUAUGACAGGAAAUGGGAAUUCCCAGCAGAAAAUUUGAAGAUAGGAAAACAGUUAGGAGCUGGUGCUUUUGGAGUAGUAAUGAAGGGAGAGGCAAAAGGUAUAAUACCAGGAGAAGAACGAACAACAGUUGCAGUGAAAAUGGUUAAAAAGGACGCUAGUCAUAUCUAUAUUAAAUCUCUGGCUUCAGAACUCAAGAUAAUGGUUCACUUGGGAAAUCACCUCAAUGUUGUCAAUCUUCUUGGAGCAUGCACAAAAAAUGUAGCUAAAGGCCAAUUAUUCGUUAUAGUUGAGUACUGCAAAUUUGGUAACACCCAUAAUUAUUUAUAUCGACAUAGAAACGAGUUUAUAGAUCAAAUAGAUCGUACUACUGGAACCAUUGAUUUUAACAUUGGGAACGAAAGAUUGCAGAGAUCAUAUUCUGUAGCAAGUUCGAGAAGUUGCUUUCCAAUGAAUUAUGUUACGCAGUUAUCCAAACAGAGCAAUAACUGUGUGAAAUUUUCUUCAAUAUCCGAAAAUGAUUCAGAUCAAGAGGACUGUAAAGGGAUCAGCAUAUGUCCAAAAGCUGAAGAAGGUGAAGACGAAAUAUUGCUGAGCAAUAACAGUAGCAUACAGCCUAAUUGGCGCACAAACUAUAGAGGAGAUUACAACGGUUCUGUUAAACCUGUCUGUACCAAAGAUCUAAUGGUGUGGGCAUUUCAAGUGGCCAAAGGAAUGGACUACCUUGUUUCCCGCAAAGUAUUGCAUGGUGACUUAGCUGCUAGAAACAUACUCCUAGCGAAUGAUAACGUUGUUAAGAUUUGCGACUUUGGCUUGGCGAAAAGUAUAUACAAAAACGAUAACUACAAGAAGAACAGCGACUGUCCCUUACCUGUAAAAUGGAUGGCAAUUGAAUCCAUCAGUGAUAAGAUAUUUUCUACACAAUCAGAUGUCUGGUCAUUUGGAAUCGUUUUAUGGGAAUUUUUCUCCCUUGCCAGAACCCCUUAUCCAGCUAUGGAUGUAGACGAAAGAUUUUACACGAAGCUUGUUGAGGGUUAUCGAAUGGAAGCACCUGAAUACUCAACCAAUGAAAUUUAUCAAAUAAUGUUGGAAUGCUGGUCUCAGGAUCCUCUGAAAAGACCCUCGUUCAGUAAACUAGAAGAUAGAUUGGGAAAAAUGAUUGGAGAAGAAACACGACAGUAUUAUAUCGAGCUCAACGACCCAUACCUGAAGUGCAACAUGGAAAGGAGUAGGAGCAUCGAAGAUUACCUGAAUAGACUCAAUUCUCCAAAUUUCGAAAAUUUGUCAACUCCUCUAUUAUACAUGAAUCAACCCAACCAAUCUCCAGGUUACUUGAUUAUGGAAAAUAGAAAACCUAGCGAGUUCACUUUUAAAACUGAAUCAUUAUCCGAUAAUAAUCUUUGUGAUGACGUUUUCAUCACAGAAGAAAAUGAAAAAGAAACACAUAAGGAAAAUGAAAAUUCUGAUGCAAAAGAGAGCAGUGGAACCACUGGGUAUUAUGUGAACGCUAUCAGUAAUCCUUCCUAUGUUUAUCCUAAGAUAAGGGAUUCUCAGCAAGCCCAAAAUCUACAAACUCACGCUUUGUGAUGACUAAACCAACAAACCAGUGCUGGAACCAGUGAAGUAUUCAACGAAAAAACGAUAUUAGUUUUAUUCAGGAAGUCAAAAGGAUGACUUGUAAAUAAUGAAUUUUUUGCUAGUUUAAUUUAUUCAUUAUAAUUUUAUUUUUUCUCAAUUUCAAUGGCCUAAUGAUGAGAAAUUAGUUAUGUACUUUUACUUUUUUUAAUAAAAUGAAUUCUCAAAUUAGA